UAUUGGUGGGGACAUGUCCCUUCCGUCCAUUCCAAAUCUACGCCCUUGCUACACACACACUGACAUGAACUGGCCGAGCUUCUCUCCUGUGCAAGUUCUGAAUUUUCGCGGUAAACAGUCAACAUGGCAGAGCGCGGAAUCACAUUUGUCUUUUCUUUGCUGGCGGUCUUUUCAAACACUCUAACAGCAGUGAUCCAAACACAGCAGACUGUGCUGGCAGCAGUGGGAAAAGAUGCUGAAUUCAGCUGUCAGCUCUUGGAGACUAAAGAUGUCCUUCAGGUCACAUGGCAGAAAGUCUCACCUGUUAUGGAGGAGAAUGUUGCCACCUACAGCAAGCAGUUUGGUCAGAGAGUGAAUGAUGGCUUUACUCAUAAAUUUGAGUUUAAAUAUACUGGACUACAAAACUGCUCCAUAGUCAUCAGGAAAGUGACAUAUGAGGAUGAAGCCUACUAUCACUGUCUGUUUAACACUUAUCCUGAAGGCUCUCUGACAGGUCGAACCUGCCUCCAAGUCUAUGAGCUGCAUGAACCUGUUGUUGAUGUCAGACAGUCAAACUCUGAAGAGUGGGUUGUUUCCUGUUCAGCCACUGGUCGACCUGCUCCCACUGUAACACUCAGUGUCUCACAACAAGACCUCAGCUUCUCACAGUACAACACUGUCAGUGUGUCCAACACCAACGCUACAUUCACUGUCACCACUACAGCUGUGCUCUCAGGUUCACGUAAACACAGCACACAGGUGGGAUGUGCAGCACGAGUGCUCUCUGCUCCUCACAGAGAGGUGAUGGUGAUGCUUCCUGAUGAUGAUGAUGAUGGUGAUUUCACCUGGAUCAUUGUAUUAGCUGUGGUGUCGGUGGUUGCAGUGUUAGUGGUGAUCUUGCUGGUGGUUAAACGUGAUUGGAUCUCUGCUGUCAUCACUGCUCAUUUCAAACAACAAAACAAGACUGGGAACAAAACACCUUUAAUAAAGCACGAGAACGAGCAGCUCAGGCAGCGGACGUCUACAAAGAAAACCCCAAAAAACAUCAACAGGAAAGCUUCACCUUCAACAGCAAAAAGACUGUUUGAAGAAGAUUAAUCAAUCAAAACUAAAAGUCAGAGAUGAACAAACUGCAUCACUGGCUGAUUAAAUAAAGAGGACUGUUUCAAAAACAAAGAUUCCUACCUGAUAUUUCUAGCCAACACUAAUAAGAGUUCAAUGAAGAGAGAUCAUUUGGAAGAAAUGAACAUGAUUUAUUGAAAUAGAGAAUUUAAUGUACUUGGUGAUUAGACUCUGAUGACCUGUCAGGACGGAGGCUUGGAUGGAGCUCUGACUGAGCUGUCUGUGAGGUGGAGACUGGGAGGAGGUGGGCUGAAUGAAUAACAUAUACAACUUAUAAAUAAUAGUUAUUUUGCUUCAUAGACAUUUGUUUUUUAUAUCAUACUGUUAAAAUGUAAUUGGUUAUAAAGUUUUGAUAUUUUGUAAAAUGGAUUGUAAUAGAGUAAAAUCAGCUGUGAAAAGUGUGAUGUUCUUUCUUCUUGUCUUGAAGUCAGUGAGCUCAUCAAUGCAGAUUAAAUAAGGACUGCAGAUUUGAGCAGCAUGAGAUUCAGUCAGUUCCUGCAUAAAUGUGAUUUAUUUCCAAAUGUAACUCAGUGUGUGCUGCAGAUUUGCAUCUAAUAUACACAAAAUGAUCACAUGAUGAUCACUCUAAGAAAAUCAAAUGAUAACGGUGUUUCUGGUCAGUUAUUAUUAUAUAAUGUUUUUAUUAUCUUAUGGCAAAACUCUAAAUAAAUAGAUUUGUAUCCCCUA